CACUGUGGAUGGAUGUUUUUUUUUUCCCAAAAGGGAUCAUCCACAGUAAUAAGAGGAAGGGUUGAACGUUCUCUCACAUCUUCUGGAAGGACUCUCAGAGCUGCGUGUCGGUCCGGCGUACUCUUCAGCACAGAGGUGACUUUGGUCCCAGCAAUCAGAAAACGAUGGGGGAGUGGGAUUUCCUAGGCCGUCUGCUGGACAAGGUGCAGACCCACACCACGGUUAUCGGGAAGGUCUGGCUUACCGUCCUGUUCGUCUUCAGGAUCCUGGUCCUGGGGGCGGGGGCUGAGAAGGUGUGGGGGGACGAGCAGUCAGACUUCAUCUGCAACACGAAGCAGCCCGGCUGCGAGAACGUGUGUUACGACAAAGCCUUCCCCAUCUCCCACAUCCGCUUCUGGGUGCUACAGAUUGUGUUUGUGUCCACGCCGACCCUGGUGUACCUGGGCCAUGUCAUGCACAUCAUCCACACAGAAAAGAAGAUCCGCCAAAAGAUGGAGAGGCGGGCCCAGGACGAAUGCACCAGUCUGAUCUUGAAAAAACAGUGCAAGACCCUCAAAUACAUCAGCAGCACGGGCAAGGUCAGCCUUCACGGGCGCCUUUUGCAGAGCUACUUGGCCAACGUGAUCACUAAGAUCCUUCUGGAGCUUGGCUUCAUCAUGGGCCAGUACUAUCUGUUUGGCUUCAAUCUCCGGGCCCGUUAUGUCUGCAACAUGUUUCCCUGCCCUCACCAAGUGGACUGUUUCAUGUCCAGGCCCACCGAGAAAAAUGUUUUCAUCUGGUUCAUGCUGGUGGUUGCCUGUGUGUCGCUGCUCCUCAACUUGGCUGAAAUCUUCUACCUGUGCGCUAAGAAGGUCAGCUCGUGCAUGGAGAGGAAGCAGGACUACAGGGUGACAGACGAUGAAGAUGAGCGUAGAAACAAGGACCAGGCGCUUCAGAACUGGGUGAACAUGGAGCUGCAGCUCCACGGGAGAAAGCUAGCGAGCGGUCUCACCAAGAGCCUGGUUUCAGAAGACAACAGCAUCAACCUGGAGGAAGUUCAAAUUUGAACAGCUAACAAGUACUACACAGUCAAAGAAAAUGAUCUUCACGUUGAUGUAAAAGUAUGAUAUUACUCCUGUCAAAGUGUGUCAGCUUAGCCAUUUCAAAACAUCUCCUAA